AUGGAUUUAAUUGACUCAAAAAUUAAACAAUUCCUUGAACAAUGCCCUGGUCAACAAUCAUUAGGCAAGGCUCGCUUCGAGGUGAACACUCAACAAUAUUUUGAUGAUUCACCAAAGAAACUUUACCCAGCCAAGUUUUGUCCAGAAGUCGGUGCUUACAAAAGUCGCAGAAAUGAUAUACAAGUAGGGAGCAGGUGGAUAUCUGAGGACAUUGGAAACUACAGGGUUGAAAGCUUUCUAGAGUUGAACAAAUUUGGGGUGUUGUUAUCCGUCACUGCAACCACUCCGAGAUGGUUGAAGAUGUUGCCAGAUGAUUUGUGUUCUGUUACUGCUGCUGUUCUGGGUUCAAGUUGCAGGCUUUCUAUAGGGAUUGCAGUAACCCAUGAAUACACUGCUGGUGGAACUUUAUGGCUACAGAUUGUAUUCAAAUCAACGACGUUGACUCUACGAAAAUUUCUUCAAGAGUAUAUUCAUGGGAAGAUACUUACCUUUAUAAAGUUUCCAGACGCCCCUGCAGGGGAUGAAAUCCAUGUAACUGCACCCCAUUAUGGCUCCAGUGAAUAA